AGACUUGCAUAAAUCAAGAUGCGAGUGCUCACGCGAGAUCCUAUGCGCGCCUUGUUUUUUUUUUGCUCCACAUACCGGUAGUGCCCUACGGCACUCGAGUACGAGUAGCAGUCAUAGGCUAUGCUACAAUUGACAGGUCACGUGUGAUCAACUAAGGGCGCUCUAAGCCUAAAGCGGCUUGAGGUUGGUGUCUUGACGAGAGCCGCACAGAGGGGCGGGGAUGUGGUAAGGAUUUUAAUUGGAAAUUUUUUUUGAGGGGAUGAAGAUUGAGAAAGAAGGGCGAAAAAAGGAAUAAAGGAAAACCCUUUUUGUGCAACGUCAAUUCUUUUUUUUUCUGAGGAGCGUCACUUUCGAUAUCUAACCUAUCGAUAAUAUCGAUAAACCCAUCAUAACGAACACUCUCCUUCUCUCCCUUUCUCCCCACGCCGCCUCUGUUCGGCCCUGCGGGCAAUCACGUUCAUUACGCCCCCGGAAAAGAAGCAAACGGUUCGUGCUGUUGCUGCUCUCCGAGUUUCAAUGUUCAGGAACAAUUUUCGCUGCUCAUUGUUCCAGCCAUUAUCCCGGAUCAUAGCCGGAACGACGCCAUCGAUAGCAACGACAGCCUUUUCAUCGUUAUGGAGGUUGGAGUUUCCGGGCAGGUUUUUCUGCGUGCCAUGUCAAGCCCGUGCCUUAGCCAGUCAGGCCUGGAAUGGGCGUGGGACUCGAGCCCCUGGGUUUCUUGGAACGAUAAAGCGUUUAGAGGCCCAUAUCCAGCUCAUCGAGAAGCGGGCUGCCGAUCUUGCGGCCCGGGAUGCUGCCAGGAAGGUUUGUCGGUUUGUAUCUUAUCCGGAACCCCUGAUCCGUGUUUUGCUGAUCGAUGGUGCUGGUAAACGGCCUUACAGAGACUGCCGGAUCUUGAAAUGACGGAGGAAUUGCAGGAUCAAGCCUACGCAGCAUUGAUGACGCCCAGGUCGGAAACUGCUGCCUUUCUCCCCCAACCGGUAGCCAUGUCCGAGUUGUUGCCGGCCCCGAUUAUCGAACGGCUUGGGAGCGCUGCCGCCUUGGUUGAUACUUCGACGCCGGCUUGGGGUGCGGCGAUUGGACAUCUGGGAUCCAACGGGGGGUUCCAGGGGAUGGAGGUCGUGGAUGUCAAUUGCCUACUAGUGAAUAUGGACCUUGAGAGCAGGGUGGAGCAUACAUGCAAGUUGCGGGAAAUGAUGGAGAAGGCAGAAUUAGAGCCCGAUACCUUUACAUAUGACCUAUUGAUGAUGGCUCAUGCGCAGUUGAAGCGCCCGGAGGAGGUGAUACUCUUGUUUCAGGAUCUCAAAAGAAGUAAGGGAUUGGUUCCUGAAAAAUAUGCCCUGAACCCUGGAUUCCUUCGACUGACACAACGCUACCAACAGAGGGCGUGCCUCCCACCGUAUUUACUUAUGCCCAUCUCCUUAAGGCAUAUUCUCUCCAGGCAGAUGUCGAGGCGGCUGGAAGGGCUUUCACAGAAAUGCGUGAGGCCGAUAUCCAGCCGAACAUUGUAUGUGCCACUAGGUUUAUAGCUAUCUCCUUGGUUCAGGAUCGAAUUGUUAUUAUCGAUGGUGGACCUCUAAUUUUUGAGCUUGAUUUAGGUCGUCUAUACCACCCUGAUUCAAACAUGCCUAAAUCGUCGUGAAGUUCUCACAGCUUGGCAGAUAUUCGACCUUAUGAAGUUGAAGUCCAGAGCAACGGCACCAGAUGCCCACACCUUUGCGCUGAUGUUGCAUGCAUGUGCUCUGGAGGGUGAGAGCGAGAGGGCGCUGAAUCUCUUUAGAGAUAUGACGGAACGUGUGGGGGUGAAACCUACGAAAGAGACAUACCAUGCUCUGAUCCACGCACUCGCUAUGCGGAAAGACUGUUACCGGGAAGUAUGGCGGUAUGCUACCGAGAUGCAGCAAGAGGGGUUCAAAAUGGACCGGAGAGUGCUCGGAACGCUGAUUCAUGCUUGCGGGAAAAUGGGAGACCUGGCGAGGGCCAGAAUGUUAAUAAGACACAUGCUGGGUAGUGGGAGGGAAGACAUGAUCCCGGACUCAGUAACUUAUCAGUGCCUGUUCAGAGCGUAUGCAAAUGCCAAGGUGAAGCGCAACGGUGCUAGAUUUGUGCGGGACGAGCCAUCCGAGACCCCGGUGCCCUAUAUAGGGCCAGGCACUAUAUUGAUGAAGCAGGAGGGGAGCUUCGAGGAGGACACCAUACCUUUCUCCCAAAGCGCCAUUCUGCAUACCCCCUCGGAAGUUGUGGAAGAAGCAGGACGAGUCAUGAAAUGGCUCUGCGCCGUAAAACCGCACUUGGUAGAUACUCAAUUGGUGAACGCCUUGCUCGAUGCCUACUCCGGCCAGGGCCGCUACCUCAAAUUUAGAAAGCUCUACUUUACGGCUUUCACCGACCCCAAGGAAUCCGACUAUCUGCGGCCGACCGCCUCCUACACCGAGGCCGAAGGCCUAACCUUCGAACCUAGUGCCAGUGUCCCUGCUACGGCUACGAUAGGCACAGAUACGGAUGCAGAUGUGGACGCGGGGCUGGACAAAAACACCGGUCGAGAUUUGCCCGACGAACCCACACUCCGAAAGAGGGUCCCCAGAAACCUGUACACCUUCCAAGCCGCCCUGAACUGUGCCUACAAAUGCCGCGAUCUACCGUUCGCUAGGAAGAUCCGUGACGCCCGCAUGAAGUACCUCCGCACGAAACAAUACUACUCGCAGUACCGCGAGCCCGAGCGGACAAGGCUAAACAUGGAAGCAGAGUGCUCGCUGAUCAACAUCCUCGCGCGUUGCGAGAUGCUUAGCGAGGCUGCGGCCCUGCUGCAGGCCGCCUGCCAGAAGUACAGUAUUUGCGAACCGGACAUAGAAACACUGCAUGUCAAGGCACUGCAGUUGGACGACACGCAGACGUUGAAUGUUAUCGAGACCUGUGUUGGGCCUUUGCCGUACCGCGGUUACACUGUUGGAAAAAGGGUUAGACCACGGUGGAGGGGUGAGGAUGAAGUCGAGGAUUUGUCGAGGACAUGUUGAUCUUGUUCCUCAUUUUCUUAUUUUUUCAUUCAUUGUGCAUAAUUACGAGUGAUAAAGGGUGAUUUUGAGUUGUAUAUAGCCUGGAUGCCCCCCCCCUUUCUUUUUGUUGACAAGGAGGAGGCAAAGAGCUUGGAAUGGGCGGUUCCUCUGAAAAGUUUUUUUUUUAUGUAAAAUGUAUGAUAUCUUGUAUUUGUGCUAUUACCUUGGAGAAUAGCGGAGUAUGGGUAAUCGACUGUGUGGUUGCUCUGUUCUUAACUCGUGACAAGGAAAAUCGGAUGGACUGGAACACUAAAACUAAAGUACAUGUGGGUAUAAAAAUGCAUUUAAUGAAUAGAGAGAUUAUACCCAUUCCCUCGUUU